AUGAAAGCAACUGCUGGGUCUUUAGGGAAUGGUUUCAGAAAUUUAGCUUAUAAUUGCUUUGUCAGACUUGCUUACAAGAAUAAAUUAUUGACACGAGCAGUUAACAACAAACUAACGAAAAUGGCGGACGAAGAAGAGAAGGCUCUAGCCUCUGCGGGAAAGGAUGAAAAUGGAGAUUCAAUUUUUGGAAAAAUUGCAAGAAAGGAAGUGAAAGUGGAUAUUGUGUAUGAGGAUGAAAAGGUUAUUGCCUUCAAUGAUAUUAAUCCGCAGGCCCCAGUGCACAUUCUCGUGAUACCAAAAAUGAGAGAUGGGUUAACGAGACUUAGCAAGGCUGAAGAAAGACACAAAGAAAUUCUUGGUCAUCUUAUGUGGGCGGUGUCUGAAAUAGUAAAACGAAAUAAUUUAGGUGAUUUCCGUUUGGUAGUAAAUAAUGGGCCACAGGCUUGUCAGUCUAUUUAUUAUUUACACUUGCAUAUUUUAGCGAAAAGACAAAUGAAGUGGCCCCCAGGAUGA